AUGCCUGGCAAGAAAGACCCCAAAAAGGACGCAAAGAAGGGUGGAAAACCUGAACCAGAGAAAAAGAAAGAGGAGGAAAAGAAAGGGAAGGAUGACAAAAAGGGAGGGAAGGAUGACAAAAAGGGAGGGAAGGAUGACAAGAAAGCCAGCAAGGAUGAUAAGAAAGGUGGAAAGGAUGAUAAAAAGGGUGGGAAGAAGGGAAAAGAGGAGCCACCAAAGGGGAAAGAUGAUGGAAAGAAAGGAAAAGACAAAGGUAAAGGUAAGAAAGUGGAGUCUGAGGAGGAAGAGGACGAGCUCCUGAGUGAUGAAGAGGAUGAAGAGUUUAGUGAUGAAGAGGAUGAUGAGGAAGACUCAGAGGAUGAUAGGAGAGGGAAGGGGCGAGGAGGCAAGGGAGCUAAAGGAAAGAAAGGUGGGAAGUCUAGACGUGGGGAAUAUUCAGAAGACGAUGAUGAAGAGGAUGAAGAUGAAGACGAGGAGGAGGAUGACGAUGAUGAGGACUAUGGAAAAUCAAAAAAAAAAUCCAAGGAUGAUCGUCACCAUAAAGGAGGGAAAUCUGAUGCUGACGCGAAGAAGAAAAAGGGCAAAAAGAAAGAGGAAACUCCACAGACUCCAACCAAAGAAAUCCCUAGGAAAGGUCUGAAGAACAUGUCCAGGAUGUUCAUGAAGUUUUCUGGCUUCAAGAGACGCAGGAACAGCAGGAAGAAGCUUAAAAGUACUUCACGUUUAUUCCUGGGUUUGGGGAAGAGAAAGACCCGCAUUGCUAAGAAGAAACGCCGCAAGUCUAUACUCAAGAACACCUCUCGAUUCAUGAUGAGGUUCAAGGCCAGCAAAAAGAGGAAAAAGGAGAAAGAGGCCAAAGAGAAGGCAAAUGGUGGGAAGAAGCCAACUUAUAUGCUGCUUCGUCUGGGAGGAGGGAACAACCCUAAUGAGAAGAAGGGGGGCUUCUUCAAAGGCUUAUUUGGAAAAAAGGAUGGUGAUGGACCUGCUGACGACUUCAAGAACCGAAGUCUGUUGCUGGGGAAGGUUGCAGCGGCAACUAACUGGCUGACCAAACGCUUCCUGUCCACCAAAAUGCAGGAAAAUUCGGGACAUCAUGGCUGGCAAGAGCAUAGAUCACACAGUCGAAAAGCGAGCUCUAGACGUUAUCUCCAUGGUUACCAUAACAAUGGUUAUGAACAUGGCGAAGAUGUGUACGGCUACCAGAAAGACUAUGAAGGAUAUGAUGAUGGCUAUGGUGGUUAUGGAGAUGAGGCAGCUUAUGGAAGCCAGGGUCAAUAUGGCUACUAUGACAAUGGUGCAGGGGGAGCAAACUAUCAAGACCUGAGUUACUAUGAGGAUGAAGGAGUCUAUGAUACAAAUGCAGAAUAUUAUGUUGGUGGUCUUUAUGAUGAGAACAUGGGGGAUUACUAUGACCCUUAUUCCUCUGCUGAUUACUAUGCUUACCAGCAGCAGCAGGCAAUGUAUGGUGAUGAGGGUCUGGACUACUAUGCACUAAUGGGUGAGGACCAUGUGUAUGGUGGAGAGGCAGAUGGAUUUCUUGACCCUCAGAAUCUGGGUUAUUACGAUGAAAAUGGUCAAGCAGUUUACUAUGGUGGUGGACAAAUGGGCUAUUAUGACAAUGGACAGGCAGGUUAUUAUGAGAACCCUUAUGCAGCAUCGAUGGGAAUGCAAGGUGGGUUUGCACAGGACUAUCAACUUAGCUAUAGUGACACUGGCAUGCCAUACCAAGACUUCAGCUCCCAGCAGACAAUUGGAUUCCCACAAGGAGGCCAGCAGGUCUUUGGGUUUGGAGACCAAGUAGUAGUGGGUCAAGUACAGGACCUGUAUGGCAACCAGAAUGCAGGCCAGCUGGAUCAAUAUGGAGAUGAUAGCAGUUUAUUUCAAGGAGGGGAGAUGACAUUUAGAGUUCCCAGACCUCAAGUGCGCCUUUUUGGGAAAGAACGUCUAGAUGUUACGUUGCCUCCACCACCCACUUUGCCACCGGAUCCAGAAUUCGAAAACAUGUCAGAAAUCCAGUAUGAAGACCAGCCUGGUGACAUGAUGUCAGUACGGCAACAGAUGGCAAUGUCACCUCAACAGCAAAUGAUGAUAUCUUCUCAUCACACUCUGUUGCCCCCUCAAGAACCAAUGAUGAUGUCCCCUCAGAUGACAACGCAUCAGCACCAAGUUAUGCCCCCACAGCAGCAGAUGAUGUUACAACAAGAACAGAGUAUGUCCCCCCACAUGAUGUCAUCACAGAUUAUGUCGCCACAGCAACAAAUGAUGUUAACACAGCAACACCCUAUGUCACCACAGCAACAAAUGAUGCAGCAACAGCCUAUGUUACCACAGCAACAGAUGAUGCCCCAACAAAUGAUGUUGCCACAGCAGCAGAUGUCACAAGAAAUGAUGUUCCCACAACAGCAAAUGAUGUCACAGCAAAUGAUGUCACUUCAAGAUCAAAUGAUGCUGCCACAGCAACCGAUGAUUUCACCACAGCAGAUGAUGACUGAUCCAAUGAUGAUGUCACAGCAGCAGGGUUAUGGCCCGCCAUCCAUUCCUACUCCAACUGCAAUGAUUAUUAAGCAAGCAAGCAUGUCCCCUCUUCCAGCACGCCGCAUUCAACCCUCUCCGACACCAUCCCGCCGCUCCGUCAUUAUGCCCUCCCCACAAAUGCAACGUCAUCCUUCUGCCAUGGCUUCCCCAGUACCCUCUCCUGUGUUUGCACAAAGACGCAGUCCCUCUCCACAACCGUCCAUGAGGAGUGGGUUAAUAAAUGCCCAAAGACCACCCUCUGUUAUGUCUAGACGGCUCUCGCCUCCUUCCUCCCCUAUGGCCUCCCCACUUUCUCGUCGUAGAAUGCAACCUCAGAGAUCACCCCCUCCCCUGGCUCGAGGUCCCUCACCCUCCCGCUCUCCCCGUGCUUCCAUGAUCCGGCAUAGUCCCCCGCCCUCACCGAGAGCAUCAGUGAGACGACGUUCUCCACCUUCAUCACCCCGUGCUUCUAUGAGAAGUCCUCCACCAGGACCCGCUCCUGCCCGCAGCCCAUUUGAAGCUAGAAAUAUUCGUAGGUCACCAUCCCCUGCCCUCUCCCCUGGUCACAUAUCUCCCCCUCUUUCUCCACAGCUCACCAGAAGACCAUCUCCUUCCCCAUCUCGUCGUAGUUUAUCCCCUGCAGGGCCCCGGCCUGCUCCAUCAUCCCCUACUCUUUCUCGUCGCUCAACUCGACUGCUCAGGGAUCCCACACCAUUGGCCCGGCCUAGGAUGGGGGGAAGUGUUCCUUUAGGUACUGUCAGACCAUCCCCUAUGGGUCUCCGUGGACGUCCAGUGCCUCCACCGACCCAGAAUGUGCGUCCUUUCCGUGCCUCCUCUAUAAGAAGCAAUAGGUCUUCUGUUCUCACCGUGGACUCCUCACUUCACUCCUCUCCUUUCCACUCCCCUCACAUGGUUCAUCGUGCUCCCCUCAGGAGAAGAGAAUCUGGAAGAUUACCUCCCCGCCCUAUUGCUCGAGGACGUCCACUUGUGGCCCAGCGGUCUGUAAGAAGUAUGUCACCUGCUUCUCCACAGCUAUCCAUUAAACACAUGCCGUAUCCUGCAUCCCCUCACCACUCUCCUCGACUUUCUCAUCAUCCCUCCCCCCUCCUGUCCCCUCGUUCUGUCCAUUCGCCCACUUAUGCACCUGAAAUUAUACCCUAUGCUGAUCCUUACACUGAGCAAUCACAUCAGUCUGUAGCCCCCUCUUCUCCCAUGCUGCCUCGCGCUUUGCAGAACCAGGCUCUCCAACAAGCUUCUUUCUCAUCCCCUCUUGGACCACAGGUAGCCCACAUGGUAGGCAUGGAUGAGAUGGUUCCUGAAGUAAUAGAACCUUAUGUUCCCUUGUCCCCUACAUUGUCUGGUGCAAUGCAAAACCAGGCCAUUCGUGAUGCCUCUUAUGUUCCCACAUUCCAGAGACCAAUGUCACCUUAUGGUCAACCUAUGGCCCCUUCAUCUCCUAUGAUGUCUCGGGCUCUGCAAAACCAAGCAGUACGAGAUGCAUCUUAUGUUUCACCUUUACAAAGGCCAGUCUCACCCUUUGAACAGCCUUUACUUCCCUCCUCUCCAGUACUAUCUGGAGCGCUGCAAAACCAGGCAGUGAGAGAAGCAUCAUAUGUAUCUCCUCUUCAUAGACCUCUAUCCCCAUAUGCCCCAUCUGUACCUUCAUCUCCAGUGCUCCCUGAAGCCAUGAGACAUGGACAAGCACUAAGAGGCGUAGCUUCAUAUCAGACUCCGCAGUUUAGUUCGCCAUAUGGACCAACUGUUGUUACUCCAUAUGAUUAUAUCUCCGAGCCUGGCCCUGCACCACUGCUCCACGAUGCACUGCAAAACCGAUCUGGUUUGCAGGGUGUCUCAACUAUGAGAUCCCCUAUGAUGCAGCGUCGUAACCCUUAUGAACCACCUGGGCCUCAGCUCAACAGUGCUCUUCAGCAGAACCCAAACCUUCGCCAAGCCUCUUAUCAAAUUCCUGUGGAAUUCAGACGGUCUCCAUAUGGACCUCAACCACACUCUUCCCCAAUUUUAGGAAGUGCUCUGAAAAACCCGCAGUUGAUGCAGGCAUCUUACCGUCUGCCAGAUGGAACUUUGGUUUCACCAUAUGGAGCUCGACAUUCCUCCCCACUGCUGGGGCAUGCCCUGCAAAAUCAGCAUAUUCGUGGAGCUUCAUAUGUCUUGCCAGAUGGAUCAAUCAGGGAUCCUCGUAUGCCUCAGAAGCCAAUGUCUCCUAACCUCUCAAGAGCUCUUCAGAACCAGAACAUUAAGACUGCAUCAUAUACUCUUCCCGAUGGCACCAUUAUAGAUCCUAGACAGCAACAACCCAUUUCCCCUAACUUGGCUAAGGCCCUAAACAACCCAGCUUUGCGUGAGGCCUCCUACUCUCUCCCCGAUGGGACCAUUGUGAUUGACCCUGGGAAACAAAAGUCCCCCAAUCUUGCAGCAGCACUUCAGAACCCUUACCUUAGAAGUGCAUCCUACACCUUGCCAGAUGGCACUAUCAUCAUUGAUCCACGCAAACCUGUCUCCCCAAACCUGUCCAAUGCCCUCCAAAACAGCGCACUGCGGAGCGCCUCCUUCAAAUUACCAGAAGGGGUUCAAGACCCCAAUACACCUAUAUCACCAAAUCUGGCUAAGGCUCUCCAAAACCCAGCCUUGAAAGGAGCUUCAUACACGCUCUCAGAUGGAACUAUUAUAGUUGACCCCAGAAAACCAAAGAGCCCCAACCUGACAGCUGCCUUGCAGAAUCCUUAUUUGAAGGGAGUGUCCUACACCCUGCCUGAUGGGACCAUCAUCAUUGACCCCCGGAAACCAAUUAGCCCUGAUCUGUCUAAAGCUCUAACAAAUGCAAACCUUCGAAAUGCAUCAUACCGUCUUCCUGAUGGGUCUCUGGUAAUCCCUGGCCAGCCUCCAAACCUUUCAUCUGCUCUGAGGCGAAACCAGGCUCUACGUUCUGCAGGUCUCUAUCAUCUGUCAGAAAACUCUGUGCUGUCAGGUGCACCCAGACCCACACCUCCCAACCUUUACUCUGCACUGAAGAAGGAAGAAGUGCGUGGUGCCACAUACAGGCUGGCAGAUAAAUCUCCUCUCACACGGCGGUUCCACAACCCAAACUUGUCUGAGGCCAUCCAGAACCAGCAGCUUCGUUAUGCUUCAUACACGGUGCCAACAGGACUGCAGGGUGAGGACAAUCGCUAUGCUGUGAUUCCUCCAUACGGGCCACGUUCAGGCCACUGGGCCAGAAAUGCCCAAGGAGGAGCGGAUGGAGGGGAGGAUGUUUGGGCAGCGGAGAGGGUUUUACCACAUGGCACUGUCCAGAAUUUGGCUAAGUGGUCGAUGUACAAAGAGGACGGGGUGUUAGAAGGUUAUUCACCAGGACCUCGAGUUGUGGACGGAAAGACUCAGGACCCAGAAUGGGCUCCGGAGAGAGAGAGCAUCCGGCCAAGAGUACCAGGUCAAAGCUGGCAUGACAAGAUCUAUUCUAUCCUAAGCAUGCCCACAACAAGCCACAGGGUUAAACGCUGGGCGGAGGGAAUGGAGGACAUGACACAGCUCCCUGAGCUGAAUGAGACCACUGUUCUGAUGAACCUGAAGAAACGCUACGACCAUGAUCUUGUCUAUACCUACAUAGGCAGCAUCCUCGUGUCCGUGAAUCCGUACAAGUUGCUCAACAUUUACGGCACGGACAUGGUGCUCCUUUAUGAAGGCCAUGGACUGAGUGAUAACCCCCCUCAUCUCUUUGCCAUUGCUAAUCUCUCAUAUACCACCAUGAUGGAUGCCAAAAAGGACCAGUGUAUUGUGAUCAGUGGAGAAAGCGGGUCAGGAAAGACUGAGGCCACUAAACUGAUCCUGCGUUACCUGACAGCCAUACACCACAAACGCAAUGUCGCACAGCAGGUAUGCAUCCUAGAGGCCACGCCCCUGUUGGAGUCUUUUGGGAAUGCCAAAACAGUGCGCAAUGACAACUCUUCACGCUUUGGCAAAUACACACAGAUCUACAUGGACCAGGGUGUAAUCAGUGGUGCCAUAACGUCUCAGUACCUGUUGGAGAAGUCCCGCAUUGUCUUUCAGGCCAAAUCAGAGAGGAACUAUCACAUCUUCUAUGAGAUGUUGGCAGGCCUUCCUCCUCAUGAGAAGCACUCACUGUACCUGCAGGAAGCUGAGACUUACUACUAUCUCAAUCAGGGAGGAAACUGUACCAUAGAGGGAAAGGAUGAUGGGGAGGACUUCAGGCGUUUGCUGAGUGCCAUGGACAUCCUGUGUUUCACCCCAGAGGAGCAAAAUGGUAUCUACAGACUUCUCUCCUCUGUCCUUCAUCUGGGGAACAUCUACUUCCAGCCACACCAGGCUGAGGGUCAGGAGGUUGCAUCAGUGGUGAGUGCACAGGAGAUAAGGGUGGUAGCUGAGUUGCUGCAGGUGUCACCUGAGGGCCUACAGAAAUCUGUCACCUUCAAACUGACAGAUACGGUGCGGGAGAAGAUCUAUACUCCGUUGACAGUGGAGAGUGCUGUGGAUGCCAGAGAUGCCGUUGCCAAGAUCCUGUAUUCGCUGCUGUUUAGUUGGCUGACAGAGCGCAUCAACGGACGGGUCUACCCUCGCAAUGAAGCCCUCUCCAUCUCGGUGCUGGACAUUUAUGGAUUUGAGGAGCUACAGGAGGAGCAGGAGGAGUACAUGCGGGAGCAGAUCAAGUGGCAGCAGCAGCCCUUCGGCCACAACCAGGCAUGCCUUGACCUUAUUGCUGCUAAGCCUCAUGGGAUACUGCGCAUACUGGACGACCAGUGUGGUUUCCCUCAGGCAACAGACCACACCUUCCUUCAGAAGUGCCACUAUCACCAUGGAAACAAUCCGCUCUAUGCCAGGCCAAAGAUGCCACUGCCAGAGUUUACCCUGAAACACUACGCAGGGAAGGUCACCUACCAGGUCCACAAAUUCUUGGAUAAGAACUUUGACAUGGUGCGCCAGGAUGUUUUAGACCUCUUCAUCCAGAGCAAGAACAGAAUGGUUUCAAGCCUCUUCUUGAAGCACUCAGAGUCUUUGUCUCAGCAGCGGUCUAACGUGCGGCGCAGCAGCGCAGCUCGACGUUAUCAGGCCAACACGGUCAGCGCAAAGUUUCAGAGCAGCCUGCAAGAGCUGCUGGAGAAGAUGGAAAGGUGUAACCCUUAUUUUGUGCGAUGCAUCAAGCCAAACCAUCUUAAGGAGCCAGGAAUGUUUGACAUGGAGCUGAUCAAAUCUCAGCUGCAUUAUUCUGGCAUCAUCGAGACCAUCCACAUCAGGAAGGAGGGUUAUCCAAUCAGACUGCACUUUCACAGCUUCCUAUCGAGGUACAAAGCCUUGCUCUGCCUGAAGGAUACUCCACCUGCAGAUGGAGAAAAUUGCAUUGCCAUGCUCCACAAACUUGGUCCGGUCAAGCCCGGCUCGUAUCAGCUGGGCGUCAGUAAGAUUUUCCUGAAAGAGGAGUUGUAUCAGCUGCUGGAGGGCAAGCGUGACCGUGUGCUGAACCUCGCUGCCAUAGUGCUGCAGAGAUACACACGCACGUGUUUCAUCCGAAAAAACUUCACCAAACUGAAGCACUCUUUGACCCUGUUUGAAGCUCGGUGCAGGGGCUACCUGGCCAGAAAAAACUUUGCUCUGAGGAGGAAGUACCUAAUCAGGUUUCGCGCCGCUGUGCUGCUCGUCGUCAAUCGCCGGCGUUACAUGAGGACAGUGGUGGAGCCUGCGAGGAAGGCGGAGGAGGAUCGCAUCAAUCGAGAAGUGGUGAAUGUGACAACAUUGCCCGUCCCUGCUGUGCUGGCUGCCCUGCUACAAGCUGCUUCAGGUGGUGAAGAGCUGCAUUCUGACUGCUUGGCCGUCGUUCAGGCUCCAAAAGUUCAGGUUGACCCCCAGCUAACCCUGCCCCUGGACAUCAACAACUACCUCAUGACACAUUACAUCCGGGCCAUAUUUAGGGAGCCGUUGUUUGGGAUGGUGACAGCCCCGCUGGAGAAUUCCCUGAUUCGAAUGGAUGAGGAGCUAAAACAUGGCGCCCUCAACGUUUUCAUUCUGAUACUCAGGUUCAUGGGCGACCCAAACUUGAAUGGGGCUCAGGAGAAUCUGUUUGGGAAUUACAUCAUCCAGAGAGGACUUGCCAAUCCCAGCCUCAGAGAUGAGAUUCUGGUUCAGGUGACGAAUCAAGUGUGGAGGAAUCCUAACCUCCUGAAUUCAGAGCGUGGCUGGCUUCUCCUUUCUUCCUGCCUUUCUACCUUCCUGCCUUCUCAGAGGCUUGCUAAGUACCUGCUGAAGUUUGUGUCUGAUUACGGCCCAGAGGGCUAUGACUGUGUGUGUCAGCACCGUCUGCUUCAGGCCUUGCAGAGGCUCGGUGUCGGGCCGGAGUAUGUCAGGACGUACCCACCCUGUCUACUGGAGUGGACCGCCAAUCGCAAGAGAGCUCACACUGUUCUGCACAUACACUGUUUCGAUGGUGUAUCCUUUUUGUGUCCAUUACACUCAUGGACGACAGGAGAAGAAAUGGCCAAAGACAUCUUAAAACACAGGGGUGUGGUGGAGGGCCAUCGAGGCUGGACGGUGCUGCUGAAGGAGCCGGCUCAGUGGGUGGAGCUAGAGGGUUCAGACUACGUUUUGGACCUGAUGUCAGAUUUGGAGCUUCCUGCUGAUUUCCCCAAACACAGCAGCUACUUCAUCAUUUCUGCACAGGAACCAACCAGAGUGCGGGCCAAUGCCAGCAUAAGCCUGUUGGGGGGUGGCUUUGACACCAAUGAUGAUUUCAUAUCUUCAGCCAUAUCUAGCUCUGAUGCAAUCAGCCAAGACCUGGAGCCUCACAGAGGGAUGGAUCGUUAUCUUGACAGCCUGUUUGACCCGGUGCUGUCUGACGGAGCAGGAGAAGUGGAAUCAGCUGGAGGACUGUCCAGCAGGAUGAAGGGAGCUGGAGGGGUCGGUGGGGGUUGGCAUCAACAAGGCGAGUCCAGGGGACCCCCGCCUCCACCUGGAGCUGUGAGAGUCCUUCCUGUGGGAGGUGUGAUGUCGCCUCCUGUUGCUGCAGUGGCACCUGUAACACCUGAUGUCCGGCAGGCUGUUUUGUCCCAGCAGCAGCAGGCGAUUGUGAACCAGCAGGCCGUCAUCAUGGCCCAGCAGAUGACCAUGCAAGCCAUGGCUAUGGUUGGCAGCCCGGUGUCAAGUCCGCCCACCUCCCCAAUCACAAGCCCUCCCAUGAGUCCUCUGCUCCAUCACCCUCUGAGCCCGUAUGCUGUCAUACCGCCAAGUCCGUAUGCAAACAUCCCGCCGAGCCCCUACGCUAACUUCACUCCAACUCCCUUUGCUGCAGCAGACAUCCCGGCUCGCCCCUAUCCUCUCUCUGCUCAGACUCCAUCACAGCUUCAGGCUCAGCCUCCUGCUGGUCCCCAGACUCGGCCUCAGGCCUCCCCCCACAACCCCAACCCUGAGCCAACCUCCACAAAAACUGACAAAGCUAACCCAGCUGCACAGGCUCAGUCAGGCAAGGACAGCGUCCCUCUGAGAAAAGCUCCGGGCAUCCCCGUGAACAAGGACAAACCAGUCAGGAAAUUUGCCCCAGUUGUGACGACUCCUCUGCCCCCUGCUGGAGAAGUGGUGAAGUAUUCAGCUCAGACUUCAGAUCACAUCAUCCCCAGCCAAGAUAUCCAAGAAAUCAUAAAAAGGUACAACUCCCCACCACCACCACCAGGCCCGCUGCCACCUGGCAAGAGGAGAUCAGAAGGGAAGUUUAAGAAGAAGCAAACGCCUCGUGAUGAAGCUUUACAGAUCCUCCAACCACAGAUGGAUAAUCCUCCUGCUCCACAGCCCAGACGGCCUGUUGCUCCCUCUGCAUCUGCAGUGAAAGAGGCAGGGUUUAAACCCACCAAGAGCACAAAGACCAGAGCACCCGCCCGUCCCCUCCCCAUACCUCCUCCAGUCUCUCGAGAGCUUCCAGUGGAAACAGAGACCAUCCAGACGCAGCUUCAUCAGAGCACCAACGAAGAACACUACACCUACACCAAUGUUCCCUGGAGGCUGUAUCUCAGGAAGGAGGUUUUUUAUCCCAAAGACAGCUUCAACAGUCCCCUGCUGCUGGAUCUCAUUUUCAAACAGAUAGUAAAUGACACCUUGUCGGAGGCGUGUGUUCGCAUCACCCGGGAUGAAAGGCAGAAAAUGAAAGCUCUUUUUGCUAAGCACAGCGUCAAACAGAAUAUGGAUCCUGUGGAGGAGCACGUGAAGAAAACGGUUGUCACAGCAGCCAGGGAAACUUGGGAAAUCUACUUCUCCCGGCUCUUCCCGGCCUCGGGUAGCGUAGGAACGGGAGUGCAGGUUUUGUCAGUGUCCCACAGUGGCAUCAAACUGCUGAAGACCGUAAAAAGCAGUGCUACAGCUCCAGACUACUUCAGAGUCCUGCGAACAUACACCUAUGCAGACAUCCUGUUUGUGACCAUCCCAUCUGAGAACAUGCUGGAGUUCAAUCUGACCAAUGAGAAGCUCAUACUGUUCUCAGCCAAGGGACCACAAGUCAAACAUCUCAUAGACACCUUCAUCAAUGAGAUCAAAAAGGACUCAGACUACGUGGUUGCAGAGUGUAACUUUGUGACAGACGACCGCUCGAUGCUCAGCUUCCAUAAAGGUGACAUCAUCAGGCUACAGGUUAUGGACGGGCUGGAGAAAGGUUACAGCUAUGGCUGUGUGGUGAGGAAGAAGGUUGUGUUUUUGGAGGAACUGAAGAGAGACACUCAGGACUUUGGCUGGAAGUUUGGCGCCGUGUUGGGCCGCUCCGGUGUGUUUCCUGCCGAGUGCGUCCAUCCCGUCGCUCCUCCUGACUUCCUGUCACUCCCACUGGACCGAAAGUCGGAGCCUCGAGGUGGAGCGGGACAGUUCGCUGUGUCAUCAGCUGUUGCUGUCGCCGUAGCGUCCACCAUGGCUGCGCAUGAGAUAGAUCAAACGAUUGAGAAGGUCUCCCUUGAUGGCUUUGCUGAUGGAGAUCUGGAUGAAAGGGCUCUGCAGGACAGUAAAUAUGAUAUGUUGGAGUUUGCCAAGAAGUACUUCAGACAGGCGCCCAGCGGGAAGGGAGAUUCCCUGAAGAGCAAAAGCAAGAACAGAGACUCCAGGGAGCCCAUUGAAAUGAUCAAGUUUUCCAAGGCUCCUCUGACUGAAUCUCUGAUAGAUUUCAAAGACCCAGCUAUGAACAGAGUGGCAGCCGAUCUCUUCCUGUCCAUCAUGCGUUUCAUGGGUGACUCUUCAUUAAGGGGACUGACAGAACAGGAAGUGGUCAGCACUUUCCUCAAGCUCAUAGGAGAGUUCUCCUUGAUGAGGGAUGAGGCUUACUGCCAGCUCCUCAAACAGCUUACCGCUAACACCAGCUCCAAACCCGACAGUUGCCAGCGAGGCUGGCGGCUGCUGUACAUCCUGACUGCUUUCCACUGCUGCUCCGAAGUCCUCAAGCCCUUCCUGCUCAAAUACCUGCAGCAGGCCUCUCGCAGCACAGGGUUGCAGUAUCAGGGCAUAGCUAAAGCAUGUGAGCAGAAUCUGAAAAAGACGUUCCAGUUUGGUGGCCGCACCGUUCCACCCAACAGCAUGGAGCUGAAGGCUAUGAUGGCGGGACGAAGUUCAAAACGUCAACUGUUCCUCUUCCCCGGGGGUAUCGAACGCCACGUGAAAAUCAAAACGUGCUCUGUUGCCCUGGAGGUGAUUGAGGAGCUGUGCUAUGAGAUGGGGUUACACAGGCUGGAGGCUAUAGAAGAAUAUUCUACAUUUUUAGUGACCAAUCGAGGUCAGAAUGUACGCCCUUUGAACAAACACGAGUACAUCCUGGAUGUGGCAACAGAGGCCGAGUUAGUCGACACCAGCUACAGCUUCUGGUUCAGGCGAGUCGUCUGGACUCAGCCGCUCAAGUUCGACAAUGAGCUCUGUGUGGCCAUGCACUAUAAUCAGAUUCUUCCAGACUACUGUAAAGGUCUGCUGAAUGUUCUUCCACAUGGGAAAGUGAGCGAUCAACAGUUUCACCAGAUCUCCAAACUGGCAGCUUUGCAGCACCGAGCCAAAGACAACAUCUUCAUUCCCAGCAUACACGAAUUAUCGGAGUACAUCGCCACACCUCUCUUCAAAAAGCAGCCACCCCAGCAGUGGGUUACCAUGGUGACGCAGCACAUGCAGCAAGUACAGGCACUGAACCCGCACCAGGCCCGGGCACAGUUUCUGGGGCUGGUCAGUGCGUUCCCCAUGUUCGGCUCCUCGUUCUUCUACAUCCACAGCAGCAGCUCCACCACCUUCUACGCUCCCUGCAUCGUUGCCGUCAAUCAACAUGGUCUUCAUUUCCUGCACAAAAAUACCCACGAGCUGAUGGCAGUGGUCCCCCUGGUGGAGGUGCAGUCCACCCGCACCCAGAGGCCCACUACUGGGACCAGUUAUCCUUAUGUAGACAUCACCUUGGGGGAUAUCAACGCACAACGUGUCAUUCAGCUACAGCUGGAGCAGGGCCUGGAGCUGUGUCGAGUCAUCGCCAUGCAGGUGGAAAACAUGAUGUCUGUGCGGGAGAAGAGACUCACUCUGCCACCCAGCGAAAUCACCAUGCUGUAACGCACGUUCACGCACAAACUUUCAUGAGUGCACACGCUCUCACGGGCGUAGAUGAAACCUUCACGAAUGGCCUACCUCUUCUUAGUUUUAGGUGUUUGUGUCAUGCAGCUCACAUGCAACAUUGUAAGGUCGCUUUUGUAAGUGGAGAACAAGAGUGGGUCUCAAUAUUGAUUCAUUUCUUGUUUUUCUUUCAGGGCGACUCACUGAUAACUGCACUUACUGUUUUACCUGUACACAUGCUGUUAAUGAAAUGUGGGGAGGUUUUACAGGCUCCACAAAGUUUUCUAACAGAUAUGUUACAUGUUUUAUAUUUUUAUAGCUACAGUUUACUGUAAAUCUUUAUUGCUGUUGUAUUCAACCCUUGGUAAUGCAUAUUUUGUAAACAAAUAUAUAUCUAUAUUUUAGCACAAAAUAAGGGCUUUUAAAAAGAAUUGUGAACUCCAGCAUCCUUUAAACAGAAUGUAUUUAUAGGUAUCAAGCUUGAAAUAAAAACAAUAGUUUUCAUUAGCAGUGUCUUGUGGAGGUUUGCACGUAGAUAGAAAGGUGUUUUGGGGGCCAAACAGCAAGGCUGUGGGCACCCAUAGUGAUUCUUGGUUUUCUUAUAUCAGCAUCAACUUUUUUUCCUCUCCAGUGGGAGUCUAUGGCAGCUCCUAGAAUCGCCUGGUCAAAAGUUGUGAAAUUUGGCACACUUCCUCAGGACAGUUUCAUUAUCAUUUUCACCAAAUUAUGUGCCACUACCUUAAGCCAAAGUAAGCCAGAAUAUAAUUUGUUUCAACUGCCUUUUUAUUUUCAGGUUCUUGAAUUGUGGUCCUGUAUUUUAGAAGUUCUUGACAGAAACUGUUAAUAUUUGGUUUG